AUGCCUACUCCUACUUCAGCAAACAAGGAAAUCGGCCCAAGUCCCCCUACUCAUACUCCUACUCCGGGCGUUGACCUUAUGGAUCCCUCAUCAGCCCCGACAAAAGACUCCCAAUCCUUGCCAGGCAUAUCAUCGCCCAAGAGAUCUCGACUGUUUGAGGUAUUGAGAUCAUGGGGCCCUGGCAGGAAGUCUCGAGGAGGAUCUGAGAGCCACAACUCUCAAGUCUCUGGUAGAAGAAAGUCUACAUGGGGCAUCCUCGCCAGUCUCAGAAACGGCAGGCAAACCAACGAAGAAAAUCUAACCAUUUCUAAUGCUACAAGAGCAAGAUCCGCUUCUCUAUCCAAGAAGGGCAAAUGUGACCAUGAAAUAUCUCCAACCCUCCAAAGGCGAAAGAGUCUCGGCAAUAUUCUAGGAAUCCUCAAGCACCAAGCCUCAUCAACGCGUAGUGCAAAUUUAAGGGAUGGCAGCGAGAUAGGCAAACUCUCAUCAGCCUUGAUAGACUCAGCCGUACACCAAGAAGCUACUAACGUGGGUCAGCCCAUUUCUGCUACUCAUCCAAACGGAGCGACUACUCAGGAAAUUUCAAUACAGCUUGUAGUCCCAAGCUACGGAGACGUGGAUGGCUGUACUGACCAUACAAAGAGUAUGGUGAAUGGGAGGAGCAAAGUCCGAACACUAGCUACGUGUCAGGAUGAAGCAGGCGAUAAAUUACUAGUUGGGGAUGAAGACCAAAGAAGCAAAACGCUAGAUGACUACCUUUGCGCACUUAUAGAAGCUCACUGCACGUCGCUUGAUACGUCACCCACGAUGUCAAGCCAAAUGAAAAGCUCAAUAGCCCCUGCCCCAAAUGCAUUGAAGCCUGCCCGAAAAGUUACUUUCGUUGAAGACGCUUGCUCCGAUUUGACCCGGACAAGGGAGAGUUUGGCCAAGAAAACGCCUAUGGGCGAUAUUGGGGCAAGUCCAGACCGGAAGCUAUUGGACACUCCCAAGCCCAUUGAAGAUAAUGAAAUUGUAAGACUCCAGGUGGCAGAACCAGAAUUUUACUUCCGAGAUCUCGAUCGGGAUUUCAUCCAAAGAUCAGAAACUAGAAACCAGAGGUAUCAAACAAUACAAGGGGUGUCCGACGUCACCCCGAUGCUUGAUAAACAACGCAUUGAGCAAAGCGUCAAAUUGACAGUAGCCAGGAUGACGAAGAAUUUUCAUAAUUCAAAUCAUAACGAGGGCCAAGCCCACUGUGAGAGUAGUGAGAUAGAGGCUUGGAAUGUAGUUUUCACCGGGAGCGAUAUCUUACAUAAAAAAUUCCCGUAUACUACGGCGAAGAGGGUCCCAUCACAGGACCACAGUUUCCAUAUCAAGACGCUCGAGGAGACCACAUCAAUAGCGAAGCCUUUUGAAACCAAAACUAACCACCCUCUGCAGCAAAUAUCUUCCAGGACAGCCAAUUUGAACAGGGUCGAAGCCAACAGCACGCAGGUGGAAAAUCAAAGCCCGGGUCAAGGCAGUCUCGAUUCUAGACAAAACAGGCCACGAGGGCAGUGCGUAGAACAACUGAAGAUUCGGGGAAAGCAACCGAGACGUCCAUGUUCGAACAAAGCUCGGCAUGUCUCCCUUGCACCAGUUUUCGUGGAGUUUCCUCAGGUCAACGACGAACCUUUGCGGAGGGAAAGAUAUAGCAACAAAUCGGAUGCAAUAUCAGACCUUUAUAACCAAAGUUAUAACCGCCAAUACUCCAGUUUCUGCACUUAUGAUCCAAGGACUCGUACCAUCCACGUUCACCCACGUCCAUCAGGAGUUCCAAAUCUACCAGAAUUAAGAUCGAAGGGGAAGGAGAUACUUUGGCUCCCGAUGAAUGAUGACUCCACCGCCCACUUUGCAUCUGCCGCCAGAAUGGCUCGACAUGAACGCGAGGUGCACGAUGCUACUGAAGCUAUCGCCACUCUAAACUCCGGUGCUGGACCUAGACUGGAACAGUCAAACAUAUUUCAAGGAAAUAUAGCGUUUAAAAAAUCACAGGAGGGCGCGGCUAGAUCUGGCGAAGCAGGUUUGUUAGACAAAACAGGAACAUUAGUCGCCAAUAAUGCUUUUGGCUGUACUUAUUUUCCUAGUCUGUCGCCACUAACUAAUACAACGCCAAACUCAAGCCUAAGCCCAGAUACCCCCACUGACCAAGCUGUCCAGCCAACUAUUGGGAAUGGCUACCUUGCGGGAUCUAAAGUUGGUAGAGACAUUGCUUUAAGCUUUGUAGGAAGCCAAUUCUCUGGACCCAAAAUAUCGCUGCAAGAUGACGAGAGCAGCAAUUAUGAGUUCACAGCAUCAGGUACCGAAGUAGAUCUCUUGUUCGGCUUGAAAAGUGUGGAAGAGACUCGCUGUACUAAGACUUGGUUUGACCUCGCGAAAGAUUAUUUAGCAGAGCAUCCCAAGGAAGUGCCAACUAAAGAUUCAGAAAAUGAAGAAGUAGGAAACGAUGGUCUGGACGCGACAAUUGGCGAGACACUAGGACCUUUGAACGAGGUCAAUAUCCGGGGUGACCAACUUCCGAGGCCCCAUCCGCGACAGUCUUCCGAUCCGGGCCCGACAUUUGAGCAUAUCGAAAACAUCACUAAACAGGCAUCCUCUUCAAGAGGCAAGGUCGAGUCAAAUAGACAGGCUAAAGGGCUCUCUGAAAUAGGGAUCUCCGCUGGAGUCGAGACGAAUCGAUACCACUACAGAUCGAGUACCUCGCAGAAAUAUACCCAGACAGAACCAGCUCCAUCCCCGGUACAUCAGCCUCUAAUCAACAUCUCUAGUAGCGUUGAACACCAAAAUCGCAUCCCAAAAGCAUCUGCUAGUAAAUUUCCUGCUGCUAGCCACACGGGAAUGAGAACUAGCUCAACUGUAUUAUCUCCUUCUAGGUUUGAAUUUUCGGCCUUUGCAGCACCCAAGAACGAGACCGAAGGAACCGAGAUCGAUGCCACCCGCUAUUUUGAAUGUCCAGAUCAGCGAAUACCGCAUAGGGAACAAUGUACUCCUAACUUCGACGCCAGCGAGGGAGCCAGGGCCCCGUCAGAAACCAAUCCCGAUGAUUUGGAUUGUCGAGUUAUGGGGAAAUCGGCUCGAUGCAGCAAAUUUGCAAAGCAAAGCCUGGAGCUGGGACACAAGGCUGAAAUCCCACUUCGCCCUCGAUCGAUAUCUCGAUUCGGCACCCUACCUGACACCCUAUUUAGGCAAUACGGGACUGGUCGUGUCAUUACCACUGACCGGAGGCAAGCUUCAGAAGGUCCACGAUAUCCAUCUCCCUCGCCAAGGUCAUUUUCAACACUGAGCGAUGCAGAUACAGAAAACAGUUCCGCUUUUGGAGAAGCUUUGGAAAGGACGUGGACGUAUAAGGACGAUGAGGAGAAGAUAACGGCAUCAAGACAACGUCCAUUGCAGACCUUGACCAACAUGAAAUGA